AUGUUUUUGCGGGUCGAGAUGUGGUGCAGGCGGCAGGCGGCUGCUGCAAUUCUGCCGUUGCUCUUAGCUGGCUGGCUUACCGGUUUAUCGUCUGAGGCGUUGACAACCUUCGGCAAGAGUAACACGGCGCCGCCAAAGGAAAUCGCACCAACCGCGCCGCCAGCCCGAUCCUGCAGCCGCCAAGCUGAAUGUGCUGGUAUCACCAGUUCUUCCUGCGUCAGGACCCACUAUGACCCAACCACCAGAUGUCUCUGCGGGGAUAAUUCACCACCACUCAAUGGACAAUGCGAAGCAGUCACUAAAGCUUUGUACCAUGUCUGCGCUAACUCCGACGAAUGUAAUGACGGCCUGGUCUGCGGUACUCCUAACAUUACUGGCGCUGCACCAGCCCACCUCAGAGUUCUGUCACCUCAAGACAAGAUCUGCCUGUGUGAUAUUGAGAGCGGAUAUAGGGAGAAAGAUCAUACUUGCAACGGUACGUAUAUAUAUACAGGGUGA